AUUCAAUCAAAACUUUUUUUUUUUUUUUUUUUUAAAAUUUAUAAAAUAAUAAUUAUAGUAAUAACCUCACUAUCACCUUUUUAAACUCUCAAACCUAAUAGAAUAUAUAUAUAUAUAUAUUUCUCUUUUUCAUUUUAUAAAAUAAAAUAUUAUAAAGAAAUCUAAUAACUUUUUUUUUUUUUUUUUUCAAAAUUUAUAAAUUUUUUUUUAUUUAAUUAAAAAAUUUAAAAAAAAACCAUAAAAAAAAAAAUAAAAUCUCAAUUUUUUUCUUUUUCUUAUAGUUUUAUUUAAAUACAAAUAUAUCAAAUACCACAUCAAAUAUACAAAUACACACAUAUUAAUAAAACAAAUGAUUUCAGAAUAUCAAGGACCAACACCAACUGACAGAUUUAUCCAAUCAGUAUUAUUGGAUUACUCUGAAGGUGACCACGAAUUCGAAAGAGAAUUAAUUACAUCAUAUAUUACAUCAGUUGAAGAGCACCUUCCAGAACUUUCAAAAGCAUUUGAAGAUAAGAAUACAAAAGAUGCCAUACUACACUCACACGAUAUUAAAGGUAGUAGUAGUUAUAUUGGUGCCGAAGCAGUUAGAUACUUAAGUGGAAAAAUUGAAGCAUACUGCAAAUUUGAUCAAUUACAAGAAGCUGAAUCAUUUUUUCCCGAAUUAAAAACUGAAGUAGAAGAAGUUAUUAAAGUUUUAAAUGAUUAUAUGGACUCAUGGGGCGAAGAGGCUACAACUGAAAAAGACUCAACUACGACCGAAGAUAACAAAGAGUCACUAUCUGAACAACUACCUCAAUCAAGUUCUUCAUCAUCCUCUCCUACUGAAAUAAAUAAAGAUCAACAAGAUAAAUCAAAAACAGAUAAAAUAGCAACUGAAACAGUUUCUCAAAAUAACAAUAAUAACAAUAAUAACAGUACCAACUCUUCUAAAAACAACAUCGAAAAUGAUAAUAAACUUAACGAAAAAAUAAGUAAUAAUAACCAAAAUAAUAGUACAACAAAAAUAGAUAGUUAAAAAAGAUGUUUUUUUUUUUUUUCAAAUAAAUACAUUUUUAUAACUAUCACAAUAAAUGUCAAUAAUAUCAUUACUAUAAACAAUCAACUGCAACAAUGUAGCUGGUGUCAAAAGACAUGUAAAUAAUAGCACC